UUAAAGUAGAAUAGGUGAAAACACCUAUAUAAAGUAGUACUGUCUCACAAAAUUGUAUCAGGGCACAAAGUAAUUCAUUUACUCUUACUAAUCUUUUGUUUUUGCUCUUGUCAUGAGGAGCUUCAUUUUAACCACAACACUCCUUGUAGCACUGCUAUGCUUCUUCUCUCUCCCGAUGUCAACCGUUGGUUUACCAAAGGAACCGUGGCGUAAGCCGUUGAAACUAGUGGCUGGCCGCCACUAUCACAAAGGCUCUGGCCACCUUGGAGACUCGAAGGUUAGCUCUUCUUUAUCAGAGUCUAACGCACCCCUGUCCCCUCCAGGAUUGUUACCGGGGUUUCCCAACAUCCCAGGAAUUCCUAACAUCCCGGGGAUUCCCAUGAUUCCAGGACUUCCCAACAUCCCGCAAAUACCAAACAUUCCGAGGAUUCCUAGUAUCCCACAACCACCAAACAUCCCGAGGAUUCCUAGUAUCCCACAACCACCAAACAUCCCGAGGAUUCCUAGUAUCCCACAACCACCAAACAUCCCGAGGCUUCCUAACAUUCCGAGCCUCCCUAACAUCCCGGGCCUCCCUAGCCUCCCGGGCCUUCCUAGACUCCCGAAACUGCCUCCUCUACCCCCAGUCCGGUCACAAGUUGUGUUGCAAUCUGCUGAAGUGGAGAAGUGCUUAAGGACAGAUAAAUCAAAGACAUCAGAAAAAUGCUUUUCACAAAUAUCGACGAGCUGGUCAAGCAAAGAUUUUGCAUUAUUGGACAAUGAGUGCUGUGACAUCGUUGUGAAAUUGGACAAGAAGUGCAAAAGACACAUUCGUAUGUUGUUGAAGAGCCCAUUCUUCGUUCCUCUUCUUCGAUACUCGUGCCACAUCAAGCACACCAAAUACUAAGCGAGUGCCUCCUAUAGUUUUAUAUAUACUUUCGCUUUUCAAGUAUUAUUUCCGUAGUUUCCUGCUUAGUUCUACUCUACGUUGAGUAAAAGGUGGCUAUUAAAAAAAGAAUCCAAUAGCAGAAAUAAUCUAGUAUAUAAACUAGUAAAUAUUUUCAAGUGCCGUCAACGAUAUUAUGGGUUUUCAAUGUAUUUAAUUAACAUUUUCACUAACCUUUUUUUUUUGUCAACAUAUAUUUGGACCCUCCCUAUAUAUUUUCAGGUAUUGUCAAUGAUAUUAUGGGUUUUGUCUCGGUUCGGAUAUUUGAAUAGAUAACCGUAAGGUCCGUAACAAGCCGAAAUUUUGUAAAUUUUUGGUUUAGUUUUCUACCCAAAUUUAAGCGAAUAUAACUGAAAAUUAAUCAAAUAACUACAAAAAAGUAAUAUAUAU